AUGGUGCCUGCCAGUAACCUACUUCCCACUCUGAGCUAUCCCAUCAUUCAGUUUGAGUGGGUGUGGGCUCAGGCAGCAGCAGCAUCACAAAGGUUCAGCUCCUCCCUGCUGUAUCCUGGAGAGACAGAGGGAGGGAGGGAGGAAGAGAGGGAGAGACAGAGAGAGGAUCAGGGUCAGCUCGAUUCCAGUCUGAGUGACGAAGGCAGCGUGUGUGCAAAUGAAGAGGAGAGUGUGUGUGCAUGUGUGAGAGACGACAAAUCAGGGAGGGUUAGAGGGAGAGACGAGGGGGGGCUGGAUUGUGUAUGUGAGAGAGACAGAGAGGAAAUCCAGGCAGGAGGAGGAAAAGGUGCAUAA